GUCAGGGCCUAUUUUCCGGCUUCCAUGGCUAUCCUUCCUUACCCAACACAAAAAAUACACUGAGAAAAAAGUGAAAAAUAUCCAACUUCCUAUUUUUAUUUAUUUCACAUACCACGAGUACACUAAUAAAGUAUGCUUAUCAGUCAGCGGUGUCCAUGUAGAAAGAGACUAGAGGAAUAGAGAGAGAGAGAGAAAGAGAGGGAGAGAGGAUUUUUAAAAUCCAUUUUUCCUCUUUACCUGAUGUAAAAAGUGGGAGUCGAGAUCCCUAAUGGAGAGCCAGAGGCUGCGAGUUUAGGGUUUUUGCUGAGCAAGAAGUGGGUUAUAAAGACUUCAUUUCAUUAGUGCUGACGAUACUUACGAAUUCGAGGAGGUCAGGAGGCUUCAAUCAGCUGCUGCUCUUUUUGUAAAUCUCUUCGUGUCGUCAUGUUUCCCCAUUAUAAUUGCUCAAUCAAUUAGUGACAUAUGGUUUUACAAUCUGAAAGCAAUAAAUAUUGCUGCUUUUUAGUACCACUACAAGUUACCAUUGCCACCUUCGGUAUCAUUUGCUCAAAUCUGAGAGCUAAAGUUGUGAACUUUAGGCAUUGAAAUUGUGGGGUUCAGUCAAAAGUUUUUAUCUUUGCGGAAGUGAGAGGAGAAAAAACGAAAAAGGGAUGCUUGCUUUUGGUUUGCUUCAGCAGAAAAUGAGAUUAAUUCUAGUGUACUGAGUGCGGACGAGAUGGCUUCUGAGUGUAUCAAGUUGAUCUGUUCAAUGUCAGAUGCAAGACGUCAGAGAUGGCUUUCUCAGCAUACCCAUUUGAAAAUGUCUUGGAUUCAGCAUCAACUUAAUCAGAAAGAUGGUAUCUUGACAUAUCCACCUCCUUUCCCCCUCUCAGCUUCGUCUCCUCCUUAUGUUACUGGUGAUAAUUUUCAUAAAGAAUCAAGUCAUCCUACAUCUUCAUCAUCUGGAACUAGGAUUAGUCCUGCUGUUCUAUUUAUCAUUGUAAUUUUAGCUGUUCUCUUUUUCAUUUCUGGUCUUCUGCACUUGCUGGUUCGAUUUCUUAUCAAACAUCCAUCUUCCUCAGCCUCUUCUCAGUCUAGCCGAUACCCUGAAGUUUCCACCUCUGAUGCCCUUCAAAGACAGUUGCAACAACUCUUCCAUCUACAUGAUUCGGGUCUAGAUCAAUCUUUCAUUGAUGCGUUACCGGUCUUCGUGUACAAAGAGAUUGUGGGUGCUAAGGAGCCGUUUGAUUGUGCUGUUUGUUUGUGUGAGUUUUCUAAGAAGGAUCAAUUGAGAUUGCUUCCAAUGUGCAGCCAUGCCUUUCAUAUCAAUUGUAUAGACACUUGGCUCCUAUCCAACUCAACAUGUCCUCUUUGUAGAGGGACUCUUUUCAAUCCGGGAUUCUCUAUUGAAAACCCAGUAUAUGAUUUUGAUGAUCUAAGGGAAGACGAUGGAUACCCUGUUAGCACCGAGAAUGGAAUCUCAACUCGCCAGAAGGCGGUUGAAAUUGAGGAAGUUGCUGUAGAAAAGGGUGUCUUUCCCGUUAGGCUUGGCAAGUUCAGAAAAUUGAGUGGUGAAGAAGGGGAGGCAGGAGGAGAGACUAGUAGCAGUAACUUGGAUGCCCGCAGGUGUUACUCACUGGGUUCAUACCAGUACGUGGUCGGCGAUUCCCACCUCAGGGUGGCCUUGAGCCAUGACCAUAUUGGUCGGGAUGUGAGCCUUCUGAAAGACAGAGGACAAAGCAAUCCUCCAGUCAGUGAGGAUGGGGCAGGAAAGAAGAUUGACAUUGGGGCAAAAACUGAUAGCUAUUCUGUUUCCAAGAUCUGGCUAUGGCCUAGGAAGGGCAAAUUUGCAAGUUCUGCAGACACCCCAUCAGAAGAUGUUUCUUUCGCUGCAGAUUUGCCAUGGAUGCGGAGAGCUGAAGGCAUGUGAUAUGUUAGUAUUUUCAUGUGCAAUUGAUAGUCACUCUGCGAGUCAAUGUUUGCAAUUUGCCUUUCAUUUUAGAAAAUUUUAGAUAGAAGAUGUGGCAUGAUAUAUUGACACCAGAGAGAUCUAUAAUACGUUAGAAAGGUAAGGCUGCUUUCAUGCUCUGCAUACUUCCUCUUUCGCCUCCUUCAAUCGUUUCAGGGCUUAGAAGCACAUUUUGUGUACUAACUUUUGAUGCCUCAUGUCAUGAGAAGGGAAGAGCAUGCAUGACUUGAUUAGCAUUUCCUCUAAGUUUUGCCAUAUUUCACUGUCUACAUAGCCAGCAAAAUCUGUACGUAUACUUUCCCUCUUUGAAGUUGGGGUAAGUGUGUUUGUUUAAAGGAAUUGAAUGGGAGCAAAGAGUUGUUAUGGUAAUGAGGAUUGCAUCAACUUUGUUGCACCUUAUUGUUCCCUUUGUCUUAGUAUACAAGGCUUGGCGUUACAACGGUUUAGGUUAGCUGAUCCCAGGCCUUUUCUAAAGAGUAUUGACAGCCUUUGGAGUUUGGACAUCUUAUCUUCAAGGAAUUGAAAGUCUUUGGCUGUUGAAAUGACAGAAUGAUUAGAGUCUU